GACAGAUUUUGCCACUUUUACUCAUUGUGGCUAGUUCCUUACUCCUAUGGAUUUAAUUCAACAUGCCUAAUGGUAAUAGAAUUAGAAUAUGGCCAGGCAGUCUGAUUCAUCUCCCACUGAGGGACAGACUAGAUAGCUAUUAAUUCUUCUUUCAGAUUUCUCUUUGAUCCUGGUAAGUAAGAUUCCAUGAGGAGAGGGCAGGGGGAAGGAGCAUUACAGCUUGUCCAAAAACAGUGUAAACACACCCAGGGCUGCCUAUGACCAGGAAUGGAAAAGCCUGAGGUUUUCCUCUGGAAUGAAUGAACAGCAUGUACCACACACACACUCUUACACAGAGAAACAAAUUAAAAAGUUUAUUAUACAAUGUUUAAAAAUAGAUGAUACAGAGAGUUUGAAACAUCAGUUAUUGGUCAUCGGGGGUAACAUACGGUGUUACAUAUAUAUUUUAAUGUUUGAAAUCUUGAAAAUAAAUUAUCCCUGACAAAGUAACUUUUGACAGCAAUGGGAUUCCAGGUGCGAAACGCUGCCUUUGCUGUAGCCUAUGUUGGCAGGGGCCAUCCUUCUAAUCUAUUUGAUGCUACUGUCACAGCUGUGGUGCAGCAGCCAUGAGGUCCAUAGCCACACCCAAUGGCAUGAGAUUUUGAGAGCAGGCCUGAAACCCACCAAAAGCCCGUCGUCUCAGGCCAGAAGCCAGCUCGGGGGACUCAUGGGUCGGAGAUCUCAAAAGCAGCUUGUCUAGUUAUCCUCAAAGUGCGUGUAACACUCCCCCUCCCCCCUUCCAUGUAUGUGGUUGUUAAAGCAGAAAGGAUCUUUUCCAAGGAGGUGGGGCAACAUCAGGCUUGCAAAUUGCAAGUGGAAAGCUACAGCUGCAGCGGGGCCAGCCGAGGGAGGGGGGCAGCUUCCCCUUCCCUGGGGCGGGCAAGGCUGAGGCAGUGCAGAGCAAAGCCCAGGGGAAAGCGGGGAGAUCAUCGAGGCCCCCUCGCGUCCGCUGCUUGGCCGAUGCCCCCGUCACCGAGCUGCGAGGCCGGGGGAGGGGGCACACACGUAGCAGGGAAAGCGGCGGAGGGGGGAACGCCUCCGGGGGCGGCCGCUUGGCCCCUCCGCGCUGCCGUACAGACUCAGCCUCGCCUCCAACAUGGCCGCCCAGGCCCCAGCCUCCGGGGCCCAGCCAGGCCGCCGCUGCUUCCGGCUGCUGGAGGCAGGGAGCUGCUAGGGCGGGGAGGCUCCCCUCACACGCCCCCGCCUCCACGCCGGCCCGCAGGGGAGGGAGCAGCGGCGCUGACGGGGGCUCCAUGAGGGGCCGGGGCAGCCCCAGGCCGGACCUGCCCAGCCGGCUGACUCCUCCCUUGGGAACGGGGGGGCAGUGGUGCUGCCUUCCGCCGCCUCGUAGCUCCAGAGCGCCGGGAGCCUGCAGCCCUGGGCCGGCGGGGCUCGAGGGCUCGGACCCCGCCUGGCUCGGGCAGGACUGGGGGUUCACCCCGCUGUUUGCCUCACGCGGGGAGCAGCCUCCAGCGGGGACUGCCGGGGGCAGCCGCAAUGUUUUCGCUCAAGCCAGCCAAGCCCACCUUCAAGUCCUACCUUCUGCCGCAGGUUGAAGACAAAAUAACCCCAGAGCCAAGGAUUAAAAAGCUGGAACCAGUACUUUUGCCAGGUGAAAUUGUGGUAAAUGAAGUCAAUUUUGUGAGAAAAUGUAUUGCAACAGAUACAAGUCAGUAUGAUCUCUGGGGGAAGUUGAUUUGCAGUAACUUCAAGAUUUCAUUUAUUACGGAUGAUCCCAUGCCACUUCAGAAAUUCCAUUAUAAAAACCACCUCCUUGGUGAACAUGAUGUGCCGCUAACAUGUAUUGAACAAGUUGUCACAGUAAAUGACACAAAGAGGAAACAGAAGGUCCUUGGUCCCAACCAGAAACUUAAAUUUAAUCCAACAGAAUUAAUUAUUUAUUGCAAAGAUUUCCGUAUUGUCCGAUUUCGCUUUGAUGAAGCAGGCCCUGAGAGUGCAAAAAAGGUGUGCCUUGCAGUAGCCCAUUAUUCCCAGCCAACAGAUCUCCAGCUCCUCUUUGCAUUUGAAUAUGUUGGGAAAAAAUAUCAUCAUCCAGCAACAGUAAAUGGAAUAGACCCAGGAGGUGGGGGCAGCGGCAGUGGUCAACAAACUCCUUUAUUUGAAACUUACUCUGAUUGGGAUAGAGAAAUCAAAAGAACAGGCGCAUCAGGAUGGCGAGUUUGUUCAGUCAAUGAAGGUUACAUGAUCUCUACUUGCCUUCCGGAAUACUUUGUAGUCCCAUCUUCCUUAGCAGAUCAAGAUCUAAAGCUCUAUUCUUACUCUUUUAUUGGAAGACGAAUGCCUCUUUGGUGCUGGAAUCACUCUAAUGGGAGUGCUCUUGUGAGAAUGGCCAACAUUAAAGAUGUAUUGCAACAAAGAAAAAUAGAUCAAAGGAUUUGUAAUGCAAUAACUCGAAGUCAUCCACAGAGAAGUGAUGUUCACAAAUCAGAUUUGGACAAGUGUCUGCCUAAUAUCCAGGAAAUCCAGGUUGCAUUUAUCAAACUUAAACAGUUAUGUGUUAAUGAACCUUUUGAAGAAACGGAAGAAAAAUGGUUAUCCUCACUGGAAAAUACUCGUUGGCUAGAGUAUGUCAGAUCAUUCCUUAAGCAUUCUGCUGAACUUGUAUAUAUGCUGGACAGUAAGCAUGUCUCAGUAGUUCUGCAAGAGGAUGAAGGACGGGACCUGAGCUGUUUCAUAGCCUCCCUCAUUCAAGUAAUGCUGGAUCCCUAUUUUCGGACAAUUGUUGGAUUUCAGAGCCUGAUACAGAAGGAAUGGGUCAUGGCAGGAUAUCAGUUUCUAGAUAGGUGUAACCACUUAAAAAGAGCUGACAAAGAGUCUCCCUUGUUCUUGAUGUUUCUGGACUCGAUUUGGCAACUGCUAGAGCAAUAUCCAUCAGCCUUUGAGUUUUCUGAAACAUAUUUGACCAUAUUGUCUGAUAGUACACGGAUCUCAUUGUUUGGCACCUUCCUUUUCAACUGUCCUCACCAGCGAGUAAAGCAGAGCACUGAAUUCGCUAUAAGCAAAAAUAUCCAGUUAGGUGAUGAAAAAGGCCUAAAAUUUCCUUCUGUUUGGGACUGGUCUCUUCAGUUUGCAACAAGAGAUCGCAUGCUUUUUCACAACCCCUGGUAUAUUGGAAAGAGUGCACCAUGUGUACAAAAUGGGUCUGUGAAAAGUUUUAAACGAACAAAGAAAAACUACAGCUCAACGCUGAGAGGAAUCCCCCCAUCGUUAAAGAAUGGGAUCAUCAACGAGCAAGAGUUUCUUCCAAGAAGAAAUUCACUGAUCCUAAAACUGAAACCAGACUUUCUUCAGCAGAUGGAUAGCCAGGCCAAUAGCAUGGAGCAGUAUUUCAGAGAAUGGUUCUCAAAGCCUGUCGACUUGCAUGGUGUAAUUCUACCCCGUCUGUCUGGAACACACAUAAAACUGUGGAAACUUUGCUACUUCCGCUGGGUUCCUGAGGCCCAAAUUAAUAACGGUGGCUUCAUCACCGCCUUCCAUAAAAUCUCUGUGCUGACAGACCAAGUUGACAUGCUAAACCAGAGUCUUCGGCAGUACAAAAGCAGCUCCUCUUUGCAAGCGAACUGUUCAGAACUGGAUCAAAGCAGGAUGUACUUCAGAGCAAAUGGUUUAAAUGACAAUCCUGGGACCCCAGAUUUUCUCUCUUCCUCAUUCCCAUUUUCUCCAAUAGGGAAUUUAUGCAGACGGAGCAUUCUGGGAACACCCUUAAGUAAAUUUUUAAGUGGUGCCAAAAUCUGGCUGUCCACUGAGACACUUGCAAAUGAGGACUAAGAUAUUGUGAUGCUUAAACGUAUGGGGGGAAAUCACAGACCAUUGUGUCUUCUCUUAAGUUAACACUGCUAACUGCGGCAUCUGAAGCUGUAAUAAUUUUAUUUACAAAUAUUACAUAAGUUUUGCACAAAUAUUUAAAAGCAAAGCAAAUCAUGCUUCAAAUCGCACAAUUUUGUUUUCAGUAGUUGUCAUGUAAACUUCUUGUCUGUGUUUCCUAGGUCUGGUUCAUUAUGUAAGAUCAGCGAUUUCACUCACUAAUGCAAAGGUUGAGUGUGGUCACUAAUCAGGUUUUCUUUUUGUUUGCAAUGUCUGUUUUCCCAACUGUUGACUGAAGCUAAUCUUAUGUCAACACAGAUUAGCAAAUCAACUUGGUGAAAACAAACAUCAAGGACAUUUAGCAUUAAUGUAGCCAUAUUGACUGGCAGUUGUAGAAAUCUGGGAACAGACUACUUUGUCACAGUACAGGUUUAGUAAGGACACAUUUAUGUGCAUCCAUACUAUCUUUCUGUGACUUGGUUUACUUACUUAGCGUAUGUUGCAUUGGUGCAGUGUGUACUGGUUUUUGUUUUCAGUUACCCUUUAGAGAGACUUCAGAUUUUUGUUCAAUGUCAUGAGCUUGCAUUUAGUUCACAGGAACUGACUUCAGGACAAUAUGCACUGUUAACCUUAAAAUGUUCACUGUAGAGAAUAUUAUUGUAGCCUUAGAAGUGCCUUUAAUUGGAAUAAAAUAUUAGUAAGAUGUGUCUAACGCACCAUGAAACUUAUUUGUUUUUCAAUAGGUUAAUGAACUGCCCACUAAUGUAAACAUAAUAUAAUUCAUAAAACAAACUCUGGAAAAAUCACCAAAAAGCCAUUUAGCCUUCUGAACAGAAACCUUAAAUGACAAAUAUGCAAAUUAGCAGGGAAACGUUCUCUAGCCUAAAUGGAGACUGAUUUCCUGUCAGUCCCAGAAAAUAAAGAACCUUAUUCUACCACUCCUAAAACUACUUUGUUUCUUAUGUGUCCAUUUACAGGAGUGGAGGUUGUGCGGGGAAAGUCCUCCCCCCCUCCCCUUGACACAACUGAACUAACUACAGAUUAGUUAGGGAUGUAUUCUUUUGGCUUCCUCACACAAUCCAUUUUUUUAAAAAGUAUUUCUGUGAAUUAUUUUUCCUCCAAAUUUAAAGAUAAAGCAGAUUGAAAAUCAUUUUUUGCCAAACAGAUUUAAAAAAAACCACACACUUGUUUUGCAGCAGGCAAGAGCUGGUUAGGAAUUUUCCCAUUUUUUUGGUUGAAGAAACAUUACUUGAAGCUGAGCAGAACACUUCAAUCAAUGUGCCACAAUAUUACAGUAGCCAAUUAUUUUUUUCCAAGAAGGUCUGGUUCCUGCAAAGUCUUCCUCAAAAUAGCUGAGAUAUACUAGAAUAAGUAAAAAUUACUCAGACGUCUGUUGGCUUUUCUGUUAUCUUGGGCAAAGCUUUCCUGGGCCUGAUACUUGAUAUAUACAAGACCUCAACCUGUGUGCUAAUUUUUGGUACCAUAUAUUAAAAUUAAUAAACCACUUUGAGUUUUUAUGGUAUGAACAGUAAAAUAGAUUUUCUAAAACGGUUAAUGCUCAUAAGAGUCCAUUUUGGAAUUACCAAAGUUUGGUGAGUAAAUUAAUAAGUACGUGGGGGAAACUGUGUUAAUAUUAAUCUUUAACAAAAGAAUACAAGAACUACUUGUGUAAGGAUUUCUAGCUUGUAUUUUCAGUUCAUAAAAUCUGUAUUUUAUAUGAUACAGAUGUUCUUGUUGGUAAAUAGUGUGCCUUUAAAAAAACUGCCUAAAUCUCUAUUUACCAACCAGAACAGGGUAGUUUUCGGAAUCGGGGGGCUAAGCAAGCACAAAUGGUGUGAUAUCUAGGUUACUCUAAAAAUCUGUCGUUUUAUCCUUAGGGCCUGAUUCGGAGAACUAAUCGCUCCUAUGGAUUUGUUUUAAUGCAUGGUUGAACGGCAGUGCCUACUAAUGUAUAGUUCAGGACCUGCCCAACUGUGUAAACUAAUACAUUCAUUUCCCACUGUAAAAAGCUGCCUUACUGACAACACCGACAGCUCUGAACUUGCCUAAUGGCCCUUAUGUCUUGCAAGUAGCUCUGCGGACUGAGUACAUAUCUACAGCUAUCUUCCCUACACACAAACUCACAUCUCUUUAAAGUCAUUGGCAAUUUUAAAAUUAGGUACUAGUGUUUUGUAAGAGUAGACAAACUAUAAACAAGCUUAUAUCAUUUGUUUUCUAACCACAUGCACUGCUUUGGUUGAAGUAGGCUGCUGUAUUGUGAUUAUUUUGCUAGAGUGUAAUGAUGUUAAGAACAUACCUAGUGAGCGAUGAAAUGCUGGUUGAUGUGGUCAGAGAACAACUCUAAUGCCUUUAGCUACUGCUGAUGUCAGAAGUCAUGGUAGUGCAAUGUCUUUCAGUGAAUUGCUGCCAUGUACCAAAGAAAUGCCUACAAACCUACUGAAGUGACUGUGUGUAUUUUUUUAAACAUGCAGGUAAAAUACCACUCUAAUAUUAAACCACCUUUGUGCUUUUAAUGAUGUGUUUUGUAGGAUCAAAGGUUUUGGCUGUUAAUCUCAGAUAGAAAUAUAGUAAAACCAAAAAAUGUCUAAUCUUAUUUAAGGAAAGAAUAAAACAUCAAUCUGCAUCCAACAAGAGACUGAACAACUGGUUUCCUAAAUCCCUUUGGGCAAUAGAUUGCUAAUGGUGUUGCUGCAGCAGGUUAUAAAGUUGACCAUUGUAAUUGAAACUAAAACCGUUGUGCCUAAUGCUGAUGACUUAGUGAAUAAAGUGGAAUUGCCAGCAGGAAUACAAAACCCUGGCACAGAGGUUGUGAAUGUGAAGCAAAUUAGGCUGUUAAUAAAAGAUCAUACCUUUCCACUGUAAUGCUGUUUGUUUUACUGAUGUAAUAAAAAUGGUGCAGUAGAAGAGGCUGCAGAAAGAUUA